AUGUUUCUCAAAAGUCUGCUUGCGAUCCUUGCAUUACGCACAUCAAGUGCAACUGCCUUAGUGAACUUCACUUCCAUUCGGUCGAACUUCAACUGGACAAGUAUCACUCCGUCGCAGGACCUCCGUUACCAUGAUUGCGGAGGCGGUUUCCAGUGCGCUCGUCUUGAGCUCCCUCUCGAUUGGAAUGCUACGGUUGGUUCCGCCACGUAUGGUGAGAAAUAUGCCAUGGCCCUUGUGAAAUUACCCGCGCAGAUACCCAUCACAGAUCCACGAUACGGUGGAGCUGUGCUUAUCAACCCGGGAGGACCAGGAGCGUCUGGUACGCAAUUGGCUGAAACUGCUGGCUCUUCGCUGCAGGGAAUCCUUGAUGCAGCCUACGCUUACAACAGCGAGACUUACGUCUCGCCACACCCAGACGCGCGUUACUUUGACAUUGUUGGCUUCGAUCCUCGUGCCGUUGGCCAAAGUACUCCUUACUUCGCUUGUCCUCUGGAUCCUGUAGAGGUUUACAAUCUCAACCUGCAGUACUGGGCUCAGUCCCUGGAUUGGGAAGACAAAUCGAAUUUUGAUCUGCUGUAUUCUCAGAACGCUGCAUGGCCCCGAGGGUGCGUCUGGGAUCCUGCAAAAAACCCCAGUGGUUCCAAGAUCGCGAAUUUCUCCAGCACAGCUAUGACCGCUCGCGAUCUCGUCGAGUUUGCAGAGCGACACGGUCAGUGGCGUGAGAAGCAAAUCGCGAACCUCACCAAUUUGGAGCAGGCGACGAGUCAACGUCUUAGAUGGAGGCACGGCGAAGAAGCAAUCAACUAUCUCGGUUACUCAUACGGCACACUCCUAGGCGCCACACUUGCCGCUAUGCAGCCUCACAGAGUGUCACGAUUUCUGCUCACCGGCGUAACCCAAGCCGAAGAGUACUUCCAGGGUCUGACUACCUCAGAUUUGGAUGAUGGAGAUCGCAUCGUCAACAAGUUCUUCGAGUAUUGCGCUCUUGCUGGUCCGGAACGCUGCCCCUUGUGGGCCGGCAACCGUACCAGUGACACCGCGGCCUACUUCAAGCGCAUUGUCGAGGAUGUACGCAGCAAUCCAAUCAUCGUAGCAGGCAGUGCCGAUAUCCAGGCAAAUGUGAUCACUGUAACGGACAUCAAUCUAAUUCUUAGUGAGCUCUCAUCGACGCCUCUUAAGCUCUUUCCGCUUAUCGCAUCACUCAUCGCUCCUCUUGCCUCGCGAAACGGCACUGCCAUAGCUGAAUUCAAGCAACAAUUAAUAAAUGUUGAUGUUGGCCGACUGCCGUUAUCAUUGAAUCCCGAAGAUCCUUCGACGGCAACUCUCUUCACAUAUGCAGGUAUUAUGGACAGGCUUUCGGGCAAUGCCAUCGAGGGCGGGGAUACGGCAAGACGCUACUCCAAGGCCGAAUUUGUGCAAGAAUUCUGGGCCCCGUUGCGGAAGACGACAAAAUAUCUUGCGGAUGCUUAUGCCACGAUCUAUCUCUAUGUUGCUGUGUGGCCAGUCCGUCCCAAGUGGACCUUUGGGAAUUACCACGCGAUCGCUUCGAAUGUCACCGCCAACCCGAUCCUGUUUGCCAGUAGUGGAAUCGAUGGAGUCACCUCUCUCAAGUCUGCCAAAUUCAUGCACUCGCAAUUCAAGAAUUCCGGGCUUCUGAUUUCUGAUGGAGAGGGCCACACCAUCAUGUCAGAACCCAGCCUCUGUGUUGCAAGUGCAAUGAGGUUUUAUUUUCAGACCGGUAGAAUCCCAGAUACCAGCAAGCGCUGCCUACCUGUUGAGAGACCAUUUCUGGGCCGGAGCGGACCGAAUGUUGAGAUUUUGGGCAAUUUGAGUAGAGAAGAUCAAUUCCUCCUUGGAAAGGCCUCAUCAGCAAUAUAG